AUGCUCACCAUCAGCGGUUCAAGAGGACAAACAGCUUUCAGCAUUUGUAAACUUACGAAAAUGCCAGAUGUCGCACGGCUGCUUCGGGAGAUCCCUGCCCCCCGCAACAAAACAAAUCCCGAAUGGACGGGGCUUGUUGUAGAGCGGCUCUGGCUUCGGAGGAGGAGAGUCCAGAGGCGGUUUUGCAACGUUGUCUCCUGUCCGAAGACCGUGUCGCGGAGCGCGGCGGCGGCGGCGGCGGGGGGAGAAGGAGGAGUAGGAGGAGGCGGACUGGGCGGCUACCUGCUUACCUCGGCCGUGCUGCUCAAGUGCCCGGCGCUGCUGCACCGCCCCAAGCGCCAGCGCUUCCGCUGCCGCCACAUCUCGCACCGCGGCGGUGCCGGAGAGAACCUGGAAAAUACAAUGACUGCAUUUCAUCAUGCGGUUAAGAUAGGGACAGACAUGUUGGAGCUAGACUGUCACCUGACGAAAGACGAGCAAGUGGUGGUGUCGCAUGAUGAGAACCUGAAGAGAUCGACUGGAGUUGACAUCAAUAUAUCUGACCUCAAGUACUCGGAGCUCCCAUCUUAUCUCAGCAAGUUGGAUGUCACGUUUCAGAAAGAGUGCCACUGUGAGGGUAAAGAUAAUCGUAUUCCACUGCUGAAGGAAGUGUUUGAGGCAUUCCCCCAAACUCCCGUCAAUAUUGACAUCAAAGUGAACAACAAUGUGCUGAUUAAGAAGGUUUCAGAGUUGGUGAGCCAGUACAAACGAGAGCAUUUGACUGUGUGGGGCAAUGUCAGUCAUGAAGUUGUAGCAAAGUGUGUUAAGGAGAAUGCAGAUAUUCCUACCAUCUUCUGCUUGCAACGUGUCCUCCUCCUUGUUGGCUUGUUCUACACAGGUUUGCUGCCAUUCAUUCCCUUCAGGGAAGAGUUCUUAGAAAUACCCAUGCCUUCGAUCAUUCUCAAGCUGAAAGAACCACACAAAAUGACAAGAAGCCAAAAGUUUAUCAUCCAGUUUGCUGACGCAUUGUUAAUGAGGAAAACUUUAUUUGACCACCUCACUGCUCGAGGCAUUCAGGUGUAUGUAUGGGUACUGAAUGAAGAACAGGAAUAUAAGAGAGCAUUUGAUUUGGGAGCAACAGGAGUGAUGACAGACUAUCCAACAAAGCUUAAGGAGUUUUUGCGUCAUUAUCCAGCGUGAAGAAGGAAAAUCGAAGAAGAUCUUAAAAAGUGGACAGUGAGCCAAGGAUUUCCUUCUUUCAUCAGAAUUGUUCAGCACCAUACACACAAAUCAUUUGCCUAAUGGUGGAAGAUGUAAUCACCUGGGUUUUAUUGUCUCAUUCUGAAGUUGCUACACAAUGUAGUGUAUACUAUUCUAUUUAUUUUAAAUUUUAAUGGCAUAGUUUACAUUUGUAAAUAGUUCUGUUACUACUGGUGACAUAGAGAGAGAAGGCUGAAGAUAGGAUACCCAUAGAUCAUAUGCAGAAUCACAAGUGUCCAUUUAUAGGCAUCAAAUGGUAGUGCAUGAAAAUCAUUCCAAUCAAAUGCUGUUGGGUAGAAAUAAUUUCAGCAUAGUACAUCACUGUACAUACCUUUCAUGGUCUGAGUUAGCCGAUAAUGUCCAAGUAGUCUGCAGGGAGGGGAAUGAAUUAGCACAUAGGAGAAAAUAGGAAGGUUGCAUCUGUGGAUACCUGGACAGAUUGCCCUGUGAAAUGUAGUCAGUAAAGAUGGUAAUUUACAUUACUGUAAUUUUACCAAAAUUAAAUGUUUAGGCCAGUAUAGGUUUACUUAAUUGUUCUUGUUAAAAAAAAUGUUGGCGUUUAUCUCUAGGUAUAAUUGCUCCCCUUUUGGUGUAACAACAAUAGUAUGACUUGUUAACUUGAUAUUUAGUUUAAGGAUUUAAGUAGGCACAUAGCUCUGGAUUCUGAAUGAACUGUUGCAUUAUGUUCAGUUUGCUUAGAAAAAAAUAAUUAUUGCAGAUAAGGGCUGUAUUUUUUUUUGCCUACAUACAAAUUUAUAGACAAAUUUUCCUCUUUUAAAAUGAAGAGGAAAUUUGACUUUGUUUCAGGACUUGUGCUCUAAGGCACAAGCAUUUGCAUAUCUUUAUUGUUUAGUGUAACAAACUAACAGCAUUUUCCAUAUUUAACCUAAAGACGUAGCAUCCACAAAAAGGGUACUUUUCUUUUCUGUCUUAGGGUAUACCGGACAGAUUUCUGGCAAAAUCUUCACCAGCAUUAGAGUCCUGCUGCUCUGGCUGAAAUACUGUGGCACCAACAAAACAUGCAUGUCUCACUUUGUAGAUGAGAUUAUUGUGCCACUUUAGCAGUUUGCAAGCCAGUUUUCCAGAAAGAAGGAUUAACCGUACCAUUGACAGGAGAAAUUGAAUCCAAUUUUGUGUUUAAAAGAAUCUUUUUCAAAAGGGAAACUAAGGUCGAAGGUGCUUUCGCAGUGGCAGAAUCCCAUUGAGCUGAUGGAUUGGAAAUCACUUUUAAUGUGAGGGACUAUAG